GACUGGGAACGAUAUUAAAGUCCGACAUGAAUGUAAGUACCUCGCAGACUCCUCACAGCAUCAUCAAGUGCAUAUGCGACUACGUUGGGAUCAAGGAGACCAUCACACGAUACACAGUAGCAGCGACCAUGGGCCCGUCUUUAUCAUACAUGGACCUAGAAAAAGUAUGUUCUCGGUAUUUCAACAUACUAGAGCUGGGGCAGAGCUCUCCACAUGGUCCCGACUACACUCCUGAAUCCGACGAACAACAUAGUAGAGGCCAGAUGAACCGCCUGACCCGAAAAGCAUGGGGUGGGAAUAUUUGCAUCAAUUGUGUGAGCGUCACGACAUCAUCGCGGAGGAUAAGACCGCUAGCCAAAGGAUUUCGUCCAACCUGGAUAUCGUGGCAAGCUAGAUGCACCAUGGUAGCCUGUGAUAGGCGCGACAACAAAGUAUUCGAAGAUAGUCCUGCACCGUCGGCACCGGACAAGACAUCGUCUUCGGGCGGAAUAGAUAGGAUGACUUCAGGAGGGGUCGAACUUGAAUAGUCUUACACAUGUGGCUGAACGUAGGCAUGCCUUGCAAUUACCAUUGAUGUCUCCAAGGGUCUAUUGGCUGUUAAUCACGCUACAGAUAAUGAAUGCAUUGAUGAUUCUCAAAGUGCGCGAGAUGGUGAGCGCGGUGGUCGGGCCAGAAUAUCGUAGAUAUCGAACUACAGUAGGCGGCCCGCUUUGGUCGACUCUCGCAGGACAACAACUUGAACAUCGCGGUAAACGGGGCAACAGUACAUAUA